AUGGAGUCCAGAGGGAAGUCAGCCAACAGCCCCAAGGCCGACACUAAGGCUGCGGCCGAGGGCCGAGCCCCCACCACUGUGGACGGGAAGGCCCCGUCCUCUAAGCCAGGGAAGAAGGAGGCCCAGGCGGAGAAGCAGGAGCCACCGGCAACCCCGACGCCGCCCGCUGCCAAGAAGACCCCGGCCAAGGCAGACCCGGCCCUUCUCAACAACCACAGCAACCUGAAGCCAGCCCCCGCUGUCCCCAGCACCCCUGAUGCAGCCCCCGAGCCCAAGGGCCCUGGGGAUGGGGCAGAGGAGGGCGAGGCCCCCAGUGGGGGCCCCGGCGGCCGGGGGCCCUGCCCUCUCGAGAACUUGACCCCGCUGCUAGUGGCCGGGGGUGUGGCUGUGGCUGCUGCAGCCCUGAUUCUCGGGGUGGCCUUCCUGGUCCGAAAAAAAUGA